AUUGUGUGUGUGUGUGUGAGAGAGAGAGAGAGGCAUUGGGAGAAUCUGUAUGAGCUCUAUGAACUUUCACCUAGAUCGUGUGAGAGAAAGAGAGAGAGAGCGAGAGAGAGAACAGCGCUAUAGCCUGGGGCUUCCCUUUGCAGACUUUCAUCAAUGUCCUAGUGGAUUUUGUAGUCCGGACAGAGAAGUUGUAGGAGCAGAACUUCACUUUCAAGCAGUUCUGUGUUCUUUUGAAGAAGAGUUAGGAGCGAACUAAAAUUCUGUCAUAUGGCUGGAGUCACUCAGGCAUGCUGCCAGUGCUUCAAGGUCUGUCGUGUUGAGUGACGGGCCGUGUAAAAGAGGACUGUAAGGACGAAGAACCCCUUGUGGUGUGCGUGUAUGUGUGUGUGAGGCGAGGGUUUGUCCGUCAUGGGUGUGUUGGCCUGGCUGAAGAGCCAGUUCAUCCUGCAGCUCCUCAUCGGCUUCGUAUUCGUGGUCAGCGGCCUCAUCCUCAACUUCAUUCAGCUGUGCACCUGCGUGCUUUGGCCAAUCAACAGGCAGCUCUACCGCAGGAUCAACACCCGCUUGGCCUAUUCGCUAUGGAGCCAGUUGGUGAUGCUUUUAGAGUGGUGGUCAGCAACAGAGUGCACACUCUAUAUGGACGAGAGUUUUGUGAAAGACUUCGGAAAAGAGCAUGUCAUCGUCAUCCUCAACCACAACUACGAAAUCGAUUUCCUGUGCGGCUGGGCCAUGUGUGAGAGAUACGGCGUUCUGGGGAGCUCCAAGGUCCUGGCGAAACACGAGCUGCUGAAAGUUCCUCUGAUCGGCUGGACCUGGUACUUCCUGGAGAUCGUGUUCUGUAAGAGAAAGUGGGAGGAGGACAGGGAGACGGUGCUUAAGGGGCUCAACCAACUCCGGGAUUAUCCCGAGGCCAUGUGGUUCCUGCUGUACUGUGAGGGAACACGGUUUACGGAGAAAAAGCACCAGAUCAGCAUGCAGGUGGCUGAGAGUAAAGGUCUCCCCAAACUGAAAUACCACCUACUGCCACGCACCAAAGGCUUCACCACCACACUGCAAUGCCUGAAGGGAACAGUCAAAGCCGUAUACGACGUCACACUGAAUUUUAAAGAUAAGGAGAACCCCACGCUGCUAGGCAUCAUCAAUGGCAAGAAAUACAGAGCUGACAUGAAAGUCAGGCGAUUCGCGGUCGAGGAGAUCCCGGACGAUGAGAAGGAGUGUGCUCAAUGGCUUCACAAGCUCUAUCAGGAGAAGGAUGAACUCCAAGAGUACUAUUUCAAGGAGGGACGUUUCCCAGGAAACACGGUCAAGCCCAAACGCCGGUUAUGGACCCUGCUCAACUUCCUGUUCUGGGCGACAAUACUGCUGUCUCCACUCAUUAACUUCGCCUGGGACGUCUUCGUCAGUGGCUCACCUCUCCUCAUCAUCAGCUUCAUGAUCUUCCUCAUUAUUGCUUCCGUAGCUGUACGGCGUCUCAUCGGCGUGACCGAGGUGAACAAAACAGGCUCCAGCUAUGGAAAUGUGGAAUCCAAGAAAGAAAACUAGAACUUUCAGCUGGUCUGACUGCCCGCGGCCACUGCAUCGCUCACUUUCAUCGCUAAGGGCAUGGAAUCGCCCGCCUGUGCAGUCGUCCUCCUUUUUAACAAAGAAAAAAAAAUGCGGGGUGGGGCGGGUAAUUUAAAAAAAAUGUCAACAUGGCAUCGAAGCAUGUGGGGGUGGGAUGGGGAAUGUAGAUGAUUCUAAGUUUAUAAACUAGAGUAAUACUUAUUAAUUACGAUGAUCAUUAAAAACGAACAAAGUGUGAAAGCAUUCGAGAUUAUCGUUUCCCUCGGCAGCCUGGACUCUGACGGUUGACCGAGAGGGGAUGUGGCAGCUCCGUCCUCUCCUGCUUACUUAGUCUCUCACUAGGACCAACAUCCUUAAAGAUUUCCACAGCGCCAUGCAAUGUGGACUGUUUCUGUUUCAGCCCCAUAGCUGGGUUUUGCCCAUUUCUGGUCCAUAAGCAUAAUAAUACCCCUGUGCACGGCUCUGCAGCUCUCCCACUGUCCAGCUGUUACAAUUCCAGCUGCGAAAUCAUACAACACGAUCAAGUCCAGGUUUCGGUCAAAAGCUUAACUCAAAUUUUACUUAAAACCCGGAAAAAAUUAUUAUUAUUAUUUUUUUUUUUUUUUUAAGUUGUCUGUGGACAGCAAAGCACAGGUGACAACCAAAGCCUCUGCAUUGUAGUCAGAAGACUCUGAGAUGAGUCCUUGAUUGUGAUUAGAAUAACUGCAGGGUUCAAAAUUAAAAACACAGGGUCAAGAAGAGAAAAAGCGAAGUUAGUUCGGUGCCUCAUUAUUCCUUGGAAUUAGCGUACAGUGGUGAACUGAUGAGUCAGCUUCAUGUGAAAUCUUCUUGUGUUAGGACCACUUCUGUUUAAGACUAGUUAGGGCCUCUUCUGUUUAAGGACUGCCUGAAGAAAUGUGACUAAACAACAGAUUCGAGUUACAUAUUAAAAUGUUGAAAAAGGUUUGUGGAAUUGAAAUAAUUGCACAGCCCCUCGUUCAACGUUUAGACAGUUGAUUAGUAGCUAAAUUUAGAACAAUGUGAAGUUCUUGAACGGACAAAUGGACCGAGAGGUUCGGCUUCUGUAGUUUACUCACUGUGAGAAAUGGCUUUGUAACACGAUUGAGAAUCGUCAAUGAGUUUGGAUGUUGAUGAACUACUUCUCCUUUUUUUUUUUUUCCUAGUUGCGUCAUAAAUAAAUAUCCAGACAUCAUCUCCAAUACAUUUCCUAUUGGAAUUUAGCAAUAGUAAUGAACCAUUUGGCUCAUGGGUGGUUUGGUGGAGAAAAAUUAAAAUGUCACUUGAUGACCUUCCUUUAGUCUUUGUUUUUGAAAUGAAGACUCAACACAGGGCUGUACUAUAGGACACAUGGCUUCAUAGUUUGGUGAGUUAGCCUUGUGUUUAGUUUUGCUAAGUGAGAUAACCAACUUUACACUGGAUUUACCUUUUAUUCUGCCAGUCAUCUUACUCCGGCAUGGAGAUUUUGAAGUUUUUUACCAUCAAAGACCAUUUAAUCUGGGCUAAUAGUGCAGCUUUUUGUUUUUAAUCUGUGUUCAUACAGAAAAAAAACAUUUACCACAAAACCUGAAAGGAUUUUUUUUUAUGUAUAAUGUGUUGAUGUUAUGAUUUUGGGGGAUUUUCAUCUGCACUCUGUAUCCUCACUUGCACCAAAUUUGUGCAAUGGGCUUUCACUGUGCAAAUCCUGCAUGAGUUAAAAGUUUACUAGUGAGUGGUACAGUAGGCCAUUUGAGGAUUGAAGUUUGUCUUUCUUUUUUU